GAACACAUCGCUUCCUGAAGGCUUGUUUUGCAGGGAAACGGACAGUAUCUGUUUUGGGUCCGUGCAUUCUGGCAUUAACUUAUGUUACCUAGAUUUUUCAUAUUGACCUGACAGCGUAAGGUCACCGUUUCCCGUCUCUCUUAACAGCUUUAGUUGCUUGCUACGGUGGGCGCCUUAAUUCUGCGGCUUCACGGGAAGAUGGUUCUGUCAACAUCACAACAAGUCGCUCUGGCUUUCACGGCCGUGCUUUUCACGUUUGUGGUGCUGCCGCGGUUGUACGGCUUUGGUAGUGGAACUCCGGCGAAGGACUCCAAAUUGGACACUCGUUACAGCAGAAAAGCAGGUCCAGGCCCAGGCCCAGCAAGAGGUCAGCCCAUCAAUGUGAAUGGCGCUGGCACACAUCAGUCCCCAGAGAACUUGCAGCAGAUGAAGAAACGGGUGGAGCAAGAGCUGAAGAGUGACAAAUACAAAUCUAACAGCAAUAAAGGCUAUGUGUUCACACUGAUGCCUCUCUAUGCCAUUGGAGUGGGAGUGUUUGCAGCAUACAAGUUUUUGAAGAUCAAGUCUGCGGAUGACAAGGCACAAAAGGACAAAUUUGCAAAAGGGGCCAAAAAAUCAAUGGAAGCAGAGAACCAAUUGAAUGAGCUGGAACAAAGGCUUGCACAAACAGAAAGGAUGCUCAAUUCCAUCCUCACCCAGCUGGAUCCACUGACCAACUGCGUGAAGUCAGUGGCCCAGGAGCAGAAGAAUGAGAUCAUGUCUCAACUGCAGACCAUUCGGUACCUGAUGAAGAAGAGAGGAAUGGACUGUCCACCCCUGAAUGCCACCAAUGGUUCUUGCGAGCGCAAUUUGGACGACCUGAUUGAGUCCCUCGGAGCAAGCGAUACUUCGGCAGCAAUGGACAAGCAGCCCUCCGCAGAGAAAGCAGAGGCUUCGGAAACAAUUUAUGAAAAGCAUCCAGACGUUAAACAUGAUGCGGCAACUGAAGGGGAAGAGAUGAAAGAGCUUAGACCAGAGGAGUGUGAUGGAGAAGCAGCAGUGGAAGAAUGUGAUGGAGAGGAGGAGGGAGGAUGGGAGCACUCGGAGCUCAUACCUUCUCUCGAAGGCUCAUGUGAGACAAACGCUGAGGGGGUUGGAGUGGAGCAGCUUGCAUCUGGCCUCAGGCGACGCAACAGGCCUGAAUGAACCUGCUGCAGGACUUCUGCACUGUAGAGAAAUGUGACAUUAUUAUGAAUAUUUAUUCUUUCAAAAUGUUUGAUUCCAAAAUGUCUGCAUAGUCACCGAGAACAUAUAAUGCACUCUUUAGGAAAAGAAGGCACAGGGUCCUUUUAUGUGUUCCCAAAGAGCAGCCCAAACUACUACUGGAGAUAGCCAAAGUCAGUCUGCGCUGUGUGUUUUAGGUCAGUUUAAUAUCUGCAGAAAAGUUAGUGGAGUGGGUCUGAAGUGUGAGUGAAAGGGGAGAAAUGAAAGUCUUAGUAAGAUGUUCAACCUUAUUCUUUACCAGAUUUGGGAAACAGCUUCUUCCAAAAAAAGAACUGAUGAUGGUGAUUUAUUUAUUUUGUCCUCCCUUCUGAUGUCCACCAAAAAAAUCUUACGAACAAAGCUGCUCAAGAUUUAACUAAAGUAGUAACCGGGUACAUCACCUGCAAACACAGUGCAUUCAUCACAAUCUGCCUUUAAAUAAUAACAGUUUGUGUGUGGGAACAUUAUUUUGUUUAUAUACCAGCCUCCAAGUUAUUUUCUCACAAUAAGCAAACAGCCUUUGAGGUGGAUAAACUGACGAGGUCAACAAACUUCAGUUUGUGAAGUUCUGCUUGUUCGUUGUGGUGCAUAAAAAGAGAACAAGCAGUUUCCUUCACUUCUGUCAGUUAUUUUUAGAUGCUAAUCUAUUAGAGUUUUGUUUCCCUGAUAUUCAUUUCAUUUGGAUCUUGCUUCAAUAUUGAAACUAAACGUUUAAAGAGUCUGUAUUCUGUGAGGUGUGGGUGACGGGCGUAACUGGUACUUCUAAUAUCAUUAAUGAUGGCUGUGCUCCACACGUGUGCAGGAAGUCAUUUUUUUUUUAGAUGGUUUCAUCUUUGCUUGUCCCACCACUACACAUCAGCGCACCUGCUGUUGAGCUCAUUGUUCCCCAUGAUCAUAACAUUAGAGCUUUCAGUGUUGGUGUGUGCUGCCACCUUCAGACUGCUGUUGGACUAGCAAGCAUUCAGCUGAGAGGUCAGUUCAGGCCACACUCAUAUGGGUUAGUUCUUACCUAUACAAAAAUGUUAGUUUUGAAUAGAUUCAAAAUCCUUCCUGUGCUAAUAAUAAUAGAACUAAGUGUGAGCUCUGGCCUGUGUUGUUUAUACAUCGAAACAUAAUUGCAUGUUUCAUUUCCUUCUUUCUUGUGUGCACAUGCGUGACUGCAUGCUGCUUCUGUUUCUUUCUGUGAACAAUGACAAUCAUUUGGUGUGCCAGAAACACAUGAGCUUGUAUUUGUGUUUCUUUCAACAUCAGUAAUCAUUUUACCUCCUGUUGCUUUUAUUUAUUUUAAAGGAGUUUAUUUUCUGUCUUUUGCUGAUGUGAGUUAAUAACAAAUGGUACAUCUAUGAAUGAAGUUAUGUUUAAGUCCUAUUGAGCAUGUUUGUCAUUGGCAUCUAAAUCUGCUGUGUAGGUCAAAUGCUGAUGUAGGAAAAUGAGUUGAAUGAAGUUAAAAUAAUAGAAAUUUAGGCUCUCCUGAUUAAUGGGAUUUAUUGUGUAGUAAUAUCAGACCAAAACACGACUCCUUAUUACAGUGCAGCCAAAAAAUCUUUGCAUUAUAUGUGAAAAAAUAUGAACUCUAGAUACAGGGUGUGUUUGUCCAAAUAUAUUUCACAGUUCUGACACUACAUAUUUAUUAACGUGUCAAAAACCACUAAUGUUUGCCUUAAUCUACUUACUGUUUUAUAUUGUUUUCCCUUUAUGCAUAUUAGCAUUUGUGUAUUCAGUGUUGUGUGUUUUAUGCUGAGUCAACAAACUUAGCUUG